AUGGGCAAAGACACCCAGCUAAGGCCUAAGGUAAAUGUCUCUUCCUACAUCCAUUUUAUGCUGAAUUACAGGAACAAAUUCAAGGAGCAGCAGCCUAAUACCUAUCUGGGCUUCCAAGAGUUCUCUAGAAAGUGUUCGGAAAAAUGGCGGUCCAUCUCAAAACAUGAAAAGGCCAAGUACGAAGCCCUGGCCAAGCUCGACAAAGCCCGGUACCAGGAAGAGAUGAUGAAUUUUGUGGGCAAGAGGAAGAAGCGGAGAAAGCGGGACCCACAGGCACCCCGGCAGCCUCCGUCGUCGUUCAUGCUUUUCUCCCAAGACCACUAUGCCCAGCUGAAGAGGGAGAACCCCAACUGGUCGGUGGUGCAGGUGGCGAAGGCCACUGGGAAGAUGUGGUCCACGACAACAGCCGCGGACAAGCAGCCGUACGAGCAGAGAGCCUCUCUCCUGCGUACCAAGUACUUCCAGGACCUUGAUGCCUACCGCCAGCAGUGCCCUAACAGGAAGAGGAGCUUCCAAGGGUCGGCCAGGACCCGGUGCAGAAACAGGCGUAUUAGAGAGACUCCAGGCAGGCCGAUGUGCCAGAGGAUGUAA